GCACAUGCUUAUAUUGCUCACCGCGUCGAAAGUUUACAAUUUCGCUUUUUCCUCUCUCUCGCUCUCGCUCUCGCGUAUUAAUUCCUCGCAAAGCAAACCAUUUCAUUGUUUCUUUCUGCAAAGUUUCCUUCUUUCUCUCGGACAUGGCGGAAUCUAAGAGCAAACUCGAAUCUAUGAGGGAAUGGGUCGUCGAGCAUAAGCUUCGAACUGUUGGUUCUCUGUGGCUUAGCGGACUUGCGGGCUCGAUUGCGUACAACUGGUCUCAACCAAAUAUGAAAACCAGUGUCAAGAUCAUUCACGCUAGGUUACAUGCACAGGCUCUCACACUAGCUGCAUUAGCUGGUGCUGCAGUGGUCGAGUGGUAUGAUCACAAGACUGAAGCGAAGGCGGAGCGAUACACAAAGUUCUUUCCAGUUGAUGCAUACUCAACACACAAGGAUUGAGUGAACUUUUGAUAUAACCUGCGUUGAGUUAAAUUUGCUAGGAAUUUAUACCAAUGGAGGAUAAUAAAAUUACUUGUAACGAGGCCACAAAUUGUUUUAUCCAGCAUUGAUUGUAGUAAAUUCAUUGUUACGAAUUGUGUUUGGUUUAUUUAUAGAAGUUUUGAGACUUUUGUAUC